UUUAACUUAAUUUAGGAAUACGAUAUUACUGCCAACAAAUUAUGUAUUUUUGACUCGCGAUAUGGCGGACUGUUGAAUUUAACCGCAAUCGUUUGAACUGUACAUGUGAUUUGGUAUUUAUUACUCUCCAUAUUCAAAAUCAGUCAUUUGACAGCAGUGAGAACACAGCGAGGCGGAUAGGUUACUUGCAGCUUUGACUUUCCACCGUCUCCUGUGCUCCCGUCGUCAUGACUAAGCUUCUGCAGUGGCUGCUCGGCGUCUCGGUGGUUGGGCUCGCCUGGGCGCUCCUGGCCCUGGACCUGCUGAACCUGAAGUUGCCCCAAGCGUACAGGCAGGUGGUCUGGCCCAUGCCUGUGUAUCUCCUGGUGGUGUUCGGGUGCUACUCCCUGGCGACCGUCGGAUACAGAGUGGCAACCUUUAAUGACUGCCAGGAGGCGGCCAAGGAACUCCAGUCUCAGAUCCAGGAGGCUAAACUCGACCUUCAGAAAAAAGGAUUGAAAUUCUGAUCCAAAGUGGGGUCUCUUUCCCCUCUCUGACAGCCUGGUUUCAGCUUGGUGUUGGACAGUGUGACCAUGUCUAAUUGUGCAAGGAAGCUGCAAGCCUGAUCGAGGUCUGUGAAAUACUGUGAUUGUGUAUGGUUCACUUGUUGAACUCAUCACAUGUAUCAUAAUGAAAUGUUGUUUGUACCUGUGGCAGGGUGGUGUUGGUUUCAAACAGGUAUUUUUUGUCAGGGAGACAGGGUGGGGCUGGGUUAGUUAGUUAUUUCAUUGGUGUGUAAUUCUGGUUCUGGGGAUCCAUAGUUUGCAGCUUCCGUCCAAUUAGCAACUGUCUGAAACCUGGAACAGCCAAUGAACAGUCCCAGUCCAGAAAAUCUAUUACUCGACAGUGAUGACCAUCGGACCCCCCCCCCCUUAACAGGAUAAUGCUUCCAAGUCCUGUAUCCAUUCAAAUGUAAAGAGUUUUAGUAUUGCUUGUUGGGCAACCUAAAGAUAAGAUACAGUUUUGCGUUACAUGGAAUACAUGGCAUACAAAGGCUAUGUAACACAAUACUAAACAUGACUACUUUCAUUGCCUAACGUUGUUGUGUCCCAAACAUUAUGGUGUCCUGAAAUGGGAGGACUGUGUAUACGCACUGCUGUAAUUGAAACAUGGUGAAACCAAAAUGUAUAAAAAUACCCUUUAUUAAAAUCUGGCAACGUGCACUUUAACCACAUGUUAUUAUUUUAUUAGAAAUCUCAAAUUGUGGAGUAGAGGCACAAAUGAUGGGUCUUCAUUCAGAACUUUAUGGAGGGCACUGAAUAUCUAAUAAAGUGGUCACUGAGUGUAUGUUUUUCAUUAUCAAAGUCACCAACUUUACAGCUGACUUUUCAGCAGCAUUUCACGUAGUUAUUUGCUGUUUAUGGUACUAGAUCGUUUGUGUAUCAAUUGGAUUAUAUAAAGUCUGUUUAUUAUAAUGCUUUUUUUAGAAAUAAACUUUUUUUUAAACUUGGAAA